AGAGCGCAUGAGGCUUUUUUUUUAAAGCGGCGUCGUUUCGUUGUGUUUCCAAAACGACGUCAAACUGGUGUCAUUUUCCUUAUAUUUUAAUCCGCCGUCGUUUUGACUUGGAGAGAAAGGCGCGUUUUGCAAUAUCGUAAAAAAUAGAUGUCGGGAAUUAGAAACUCGUUCUUACGGGGAGGGGGAGAGGGAGAGAGAGCGCACUUUCGUCGUUUUCAAAACGAUUCAGUCACAUGGAGCUGUUUUGGAGGGAGAUGCUUAUUGUAGAAGAAGCAUAGUCAUCUUCACCAAACUUCUAUCUCUCGGUGUAAACCAGGGAGAAGAAAAUCAACUACAGACAGAGCUGCGGUUGGCCAAGGGAGUUUCAAAUUUCGGAAAUUAAUUGAUUCAAUUUCUGUUGCUCUCUUAAUUUUUUUAUUUUUUUUCUAUUUUCUGUUCCAUUUCUAUGAUGGAACCUGAAUCUUCUAUGCAUUCUGCUUCUAUUGCAAAUGUUGAUGAAUCUUCAAGAAAUCCAUGGGAUGAUUCUCCAAGUGUUUAUUACUUGCAUCAAUCGGAUAACCUUGGAGCUCUUCUAGUCUCCGAAAUCUUGACUGGUGAAAAUUAUGUUGCAUGGAGUAGAUCUAUCUCCAUUGCUCUUACAGUUAAGAAUAAGAUCACAUUCAUAGAUGGUACUCUGCCUCAAUCCAAUUUUGGUGAUUCUCGGAUUCGAAUUGCCUGGUUGAGAGCAAAUAAUCUCGUUCUAUCUUGGCUAAUGAAUUUUAUAGCCAAAGAAAUUCAUGGGAGUCUGUUAUACUUCACAGCUGCAUGUGAUGUUUGGGAAGAACUCAAGACAAGGUACCUUCUAAGUGAUGGUCCAAGAGUCUUUACCCUAGAAAAAUCUCUCAGUUCGAUUUCUCAAGGAACAAGAUUAGUCACUGAAUACUUCAAUGAAUUCAAGACCCUCUGGGAUGAAUAUAUCAGCUACAGACCAAUUCCAAGUCGCAGAUGUGGAACUCUUGAUAAGUGUUCUUAUAAUUUUUUAAAGAAUUUUACAAAUAGGCAGCAAUCAGAUUAUGUGAUGAAGUUUCUCAUUGGUUUGCAUGAUUCGUACUCUAUGAUGCGAAGUCAAUUACUUCUCCAAUCACCUUUGCCUUCUAUGAGCAAAGUUUUUUCUUUGCUACUGCAAGAAGAAAGUCAAAGAUCAUUGUCUAAUGCUGUUAAUUUUUCCAUAGAUUCUCAUGCUAUGACUGCUGCACAAACACAGAAGUCUGUUACUACUAAUGGUACGUGUUUCAAAAAAUUGAAAGCCAAAGGAAAUGUUAUUUUUUCCCAUUGUGGAUAUACUGGUCACCUUGCAGAUAAUUUUUCCACUUGAUUGGAUUUCCACCUGGAUGGAAAGGUCCACAAGGCAAGAAAAUUAUUCUUGCUCAACAUGGAAAUACAAAUACAAAUACAAAUUUGUCCAAUGCAAAUGUUGCUUCUUCUUUGGAGUUAAAUUCAAGCAUCUCAAAUAUAUUUUCUUAAGAGCAAAUUCAAAACUUGCUGUCCCUUGCAAAUAGCCUUUCUAAUACACACAUGAACUCCAUAGCAAAUACUGCCUUUACAUCAGGUAUCAUAUCAUGUCAUGUUGUUUCAGCUAACAAAAAUAAUUCUCCGUGGAUUCUUGAUACAGGAGCUACAGAUCAUAUGAUUCAUUCUCCCCAUUUUUUCACUUCAAUUCAUCUACCAAAACAAUCAUCUGUAGUCCAUUUACCAAAUGGUCAAUCUGCUCCUGUUAUUUUCGCUGGAACUGUACAUUUUUCAGCUGAUAUUUUCGUACAUAAUGCUCUUUACAUUCCUUCAUUCAGUGUUAAUCUCAUAUCUACUUCAAAAUUUACUAAAUAAAAUUCCAUUAGUUUGUUUUUCCUUCAAUCCAAAUGUAUUUUGCAGAACCUAAUCAGCUGGAAGAUGAUUGGUCUUGCUGAAGUGAAGUCUGGCCUAUAUCACCUACAACAACCUUCUGUUCUAGCAAGGAAUAAAUCUGAUCUCAAUUGUAUAUCUUCUGUUUCUUCAGUAAAUAAUUGUACUACCAAUGUUGAUAUUUGGCAUUUUCGUCUAGGACAUAUUCCAUCUACCAGAUUGAAAUUUAUUAGUGAUAUAAAUUCCAAUGUAUCAACAAAUCCAAUUCAUAUAUGUGAAAUCUGUCCUUUAGCCAAACAGAAAAGGCUUGUAUUCCCUGUAUCAAGUAGCUAUUCAAAUAAAGCUUUUCAAUUAGUUCAA